UUUUUUUAAUUUUAUUUAUUAAUAAAGGAUCAUUUGAACAAUUACCAUUAAUAAAAUCAGAAUGUUCAAAUUUAAUUUUAACAAAAACUUCAACAGUAACUUCAACAAUUUAUCUUACUUCUGUUACCACUUCAACUGUUAUUAUGUCUUCAUUACCUGAUUUGAAAUCAGGAAAACCUUUAAUAGAAAAUCCAACCCCAACAUCAUUACAUAAAGUUGAUAAUAAUAAUAAACCCAAAUUAUUUAAUAUAGCAAUUAUAGUUGGUUCAUUAUUAACAGGUUGUAUUAUAAAUGCAGUUGGUUUCUUAAUGUAUUGGUGGUAUAAAAAGAAAUUUGGUUUUAUGGUUGAAUUAUAUUUAUGUGUUGUGGUUAUGGUUAUUAUGAUGGUUGCAAUGUGCGUUGAAGAAAUAUUAUUUGAAUUUAUGAAUAGAAUUUAUACUACUGCUUGAUAUAAUAUUAUGUUAUUAUUGUUGAUCAAUCCCUAUUAGUAAUUAAUUUACCAUUAUUUGUAUAUAUAUAAAAAAACCCGUUACAUGGUUACACCACAAUCAUAAUUUAUUAGUCUCAUUCAUGACUUAGUUAUUUAUUUGAAAGAAAUACUUACUUUCUUAAUUCACAACAUUCACAACGCAAUAUAUUUAGCGCUUAAAUAGCAUUUUUUAAAUUCAGCAAUUCUGUGACCUAUAAAACAAAUCUUUUAGUCUUCUAUAAAUUGUAAUUUAAAUCCUCUAUUGACCAAAUAUUCAACAUUUUCAAAAUUUGUCCCCAAU